CCAAACUGUAACUAUGGCGUGUGGGCGCUCAAAAAGCAGACUACUUUCUCUCAAAAGCUUACAGGUUUGCAUCUUAGACUAAAAUAGGAUUACAUUAAUCCCCCAUGAAAAAGCAGUUCAGGUUGGGGUGCUGUAGUUCUCAUUAUAACGUGUUAUCCAACUCAUCCUCUCUUCAUUUUCACUUUUGCGAGCUUUACACUUAAUAUAGAAUUAAAUUAAGCUAAUCUUUAUGGGCGUAGCUUUCACUAGCCAUGAUUACAUCCCCUAAAAGCACCGCAGCCCUUCAGGAUUCCUGCAAAUUUCCCAAAGCAAAAACCACGUAGCAAAAAAGGCUACAUCUCACUGCCUUUCACCGAAAAGUGCUGUUGCACACCUCCAAAGCUCUUGACUUUCACCUUGUAAGCACUGAUUAAAGUAUAUAUCAAGAGUCUCCUACCAAAAAAAAAAACCCUCACUCUUGACUUUAGAUUGAGCCAGCAUGGGUUAUGCUAUAGAAUUGUUUAUAAGGUUAAUUUUUUAAUUAAAAUGAGUUUUUAUACCAUAUCCAGGUGUGUGUGUGUGUGUGUAUAAAUGGUUUUGAAUUUUAGCCUAACUUCAACCUCAUAAUUCCAACUCUCUUUUUAAAUAGAAAUAAAGAAAGAGAGCUGUCCCUUGAACAACCUGUCAGAAGAAGAAUAAUAACUCCUGUUUUGGUUUGUACUGACAAGAGAUGGGUUGUUAAAAACAGUUAGAUUCUUGAAAGAGAGACACUUACUUGUUAGUUAGUGGGGUUGGUGGUGCAGAACUCUCAGACGGGAAUUGCCAGGUUUCUUUUUCUAACAAGGAGAUGGGUGUGGUUACAGUAGGUGAACUGAAGCCAAGUAUAUCAGGGAAGAGAGCAUUUCGUCCGAGCUCAAGUAUAAGGCAUGCUACUGAAUGUCCCGCUUCAAUCAUUCUACCGUCUUGCAGGCCAAUUUCGGAUGUUUCUAGUGAUCUUACAGUCGAAGUAGGAGCUGCAAACUUUGCACUUCACAAGUUUCCUCUGGUUUCUCGAAGUGGAAGAAUCCGUAAACUGUUGCUGGAAGCGAAAGAAUUAAAGAUCUCGCGCAUAAAUAUCCCUGCUGUACCUGGUGGACCAGAGGCCUUCGAGCUUGCUGCAAAGUUCUGCUAUGGAGUAAAUGUUGAGAUUACGCAGUCAAAUGUUGCUAUGUUAUGUUGUGCUGCCCAUUUUCUGGAAAUGACAGAAGAUUUCGGAGAGAAGAACUUGGAAGCCCGAGCUGAAGCAUAUCUGAAGGAGAUGGUGCUUCCAAACAUAUCAAGUUCAAUUUCGGUUAUUCACCGUUGUGAAACUCUAUUGCCCAUUUCGGAAGAGAUCAACCUGGUCAGUAGACUUAUCAAUGCAAUUGCAAGCAAUGCAUGCAAAGAGCAGCUGACCUCUGGCUUGUUAAAGCUAGAUCACAACUUCCCUGCGAAAAUUAAGCCGCAUAUGGAACCAGAAACACCAUCAGACUGGUGGGGAAAAUCACUAGCAGUGCUGAAUCUUGAUUUCUUCCAAAGAGUGUUAUCCGCAGUAAAAUCAAAGGGUCUAAAACAGGAUAUGAUUAGCAAAAUCUUGAUAAACUACGCCCAUAAUUCUCUUCAAGGCCUUGUUGGCAGGGACCCUCAAUUGGUUAAGGGAAGUCUCUUGGAUUUGGAGUUGCAGAAGAAACAAAGAGUCAUUGUUGAAGCAAUAGUUAGCUUACUACCAACCCAAUCAAGAAAGUGUCCAGUUCCAAUGGCUUUUCUUUCAAGUUUAUUAAAAACUGCUAUAGCGUCAUCAGCAACUACCUCUUGCAGAUCUGAUUUGGAGAGGAGGAUUGGUCUUCAACUAGAUCAGGCAAUUCUUGAGGACAUCCUAAUACCAGCAAAUUCACACGGAAACAACCACUGCACCAUGUACGAUACUGAUUCGAUCUUGAGGAUCUUCUCUAUCUUUCUAAACUUGGACGAUGAGGAUGAUGAUGAAGACAACAACUUACGGGAUGAAAGUGAGAUGGUUUAUGAUUUUGACAGCCCUGGUUCUCCUAAACAGAGCUCAAUUCUAAAGGUAUCAAAGCUACUGGAUAAUUUUCUUGCAGAAGUUGCUCUAGACUCGAACUUGCAGACAUCAAAGUUUAUAGCAUUAGCGGAACUACUUCCAGACCAUGCUCGUAUUGUUGGUGAUGGAUUGUACAGAGCUGUGGAUAUCUUCCUCAAGGUUCAUCCAAACAUUAAAGAUUCUGAACGCUACAGACUCUGCAAGACCAUCGAUUGCCAGAAAUUAUCACAAGAAGCCUGCAGCCAUGCUGCACAAAAUGAGAGGUUACCUGUACAGAUGGCAGUCCAAGUGCUAUACUUUGAACAGAUCAGACUCCGAAAUGCAAUGAACGGGGGACACAACCAGUUAUUCUUUGGUGCAUUAAAUGGUCAAUUCCCUCAACGUUCAGGCAGUGGUGCAGGAAGUGGAGCCAUCUCUCCAAGAGAUAAUUAUGCAUCUGUUAGAAGAGAGAACCGAGAGCUGAAGCUUGAAGUAGCAAGGAUGAGAAUGAGGCUGACUGAUCUCGAGAAGGACCAUGUGUCCAUGAAACAGGAGCUGGUAAGGACUCACCCUGCAAACAAGUUGUUCAAAUCAUUCACCAAAAAAUUAAGCAAGCUUAACACCCUAUUUCGAAUCAAUGGUCUUAAGCCCAUAGGGGGCAAGGCUAAUUCAGAAACAAGGUUCUUAUUCCAGAAGAGAAGGCGUCACUCGGUUUCAUGACUGUAAAUGUGUGGGAACAAUUUCAAGUUAAAAAAAGUGUAUAGUAAAUAUAUUGUGAUUUUGGAGUGUUGAUACUGAGUUGCCGAGUUUGUUCGAGAAUAUUGCUGCCUUGAGUUUUCGUUUGAUGGGCCGUUGAAGGCAGCAGGAGCUCAAUCAAACUUAUUCUAGUAAAAGGCUAUGUCUGGAAAAAAUAUGUAAUGCAUGGGGUUUUUAGGACACGCAUUUCAAUUUUCAA